UUUUGCCCCACUUCUCCAUUAUCAACGUAUAAAAAGACAGGCAAUGAGGGUUGAAAAAAGCAAAAGGACAAUAAGCUUUAAUGGCUAAGUUGUGGUGUUCUUUGUGCGUAAUCACAAUACUUGAGCUCUCACAUGUGGCCAUUUCACGGCGAGAACAAGUCCCAACGCCACCGCUUCCGGUGCUGCCACUUCCAACAUUUUCCCAACUCAAAUGGCAGCAAAGAGAGCUCAUCAUGUUCCUCCACUUCGGUGUCAACACGUUCACGGACUCCGAAUGGGGCACCGGCAAGGAAAACCCCGCGAUUUUCAACCCUUCCGGUCUCGACACCACACAAUGGGUCACCGUAGCCGCCGAGGCAGGGAUUUCUCUAAUGAUCCUCACUGCAAAACACCACGACGGCUUCUGCUUGUGGCCUUCCAAAUACACUGAUCACUCGGUUAUCUCGAGUCCCUGGAAAAAUGGCCGCGGUGACGUGGUGCACGAGUUCGUCAAGGCCGUCGAGGCUGCCGGUCUCGAUGCCGGAUUGUACCUCUCGCCGUGGGACCGUCACGAUCGAAGAUACGGUCAUGAUUUGGAGUACAACGAAUACUACUUAGCUCAGCUACAAGAAUUGCUCACCCAAUAUGGGAGUGUUAACGAGAUAUGGUUCGAUGGAGCUAAGGGUAAAAAUGCGAAGAACAUGUCUUAUUACUUCACGGAUUGGUUUGCAAUGGCGAGAGAGUUGCAGGGUUCGAUCAAUAUAUUUUCCGACGCCGGUCCCGACGUGCGGUGGGUCGGGAACGAGCACGGAUUCGCCGGAAACACGAGCUGGUCGACCAUCAAUAGCACCUUGUUGUCAAUUGGAAACGGAAGCAUUAUUGACUAUCUCAAUACGGGCGACCCCGAAGGAACCAAUUGGCUACCCGCCGAGUGUGAUGUAUCGAUCCGAAAGGGAUGGUUUUGGCACAAAUCGGAGUCACCAAAGAAACUAAGCCAACUCCUGGAGAUUUACUACAACUCCGUCGGUCGAAACUGCGUCAUGUUACUCAAUGUGCCACCCAACACGACCGGUCUCAUAUCCAAACCCGACGUUCACAGGUUAAAGCAAUUCCGGACCGCGAUCGACACGAUAUUUGGCGUCGAUUUGGCCGAGAACAGUCCCGUAAAAGCCAGCAGCCAAAGAGGGGGCAGGGGUGGAGGCUUUGGACCGGAGAAUGUGUUGGACGAUGACCAUAUUUGGACGUAUUGGUCACCAAGUGAGGAUGGUAAUGGGGACCAUUGGAUUGAAAUGAGGGUACCCAAUGGAGGGACGGGAUUCAAUGUGGUGAGAAUCCAAGAACCGAUCGGAUUGGGUCAAAGGAUCGUGCGGCAUGGAAUUUACGUGGAUGGCAAGAAACUUGUGGAAGGGACCACCGUCGGAUACAAGAGGCUUCAUAGGCUUGGAGAGGUGAUUCACGGUGGCGAUGUGAGGAUCAUAAUAAAGGAAUCAAAGGGAUUGCCUUUGAUAUCUUCUGUCGGUUUGCAUUUCGAUCCGUAUUGGAAACCGGAUCGCCAUCUUAUUUUUUAGUAACAAAGUAAUGAAUCUGGUUGAAAUAAAAUCCACGUUUGAAA